AUGAGGGGGGAUCACAGUCACCCGACAGUUAUGCUCGAGGCGGUGGCCUCUCAGGAUUUAUGGAUUUGGCAUGUUUUUUGUGGUCCAGCAGGUUCACAAAACGACAUCAACGUGCUCCAACAAUCUCCGUUAUUUCUUACUGAGCGAAAUGGAACUGCACCAAAAUGUCCAUUUUACGUGAACAACCACUUGUACAAGCGUGGAUACUAUCUUACCGAUGGAAUCUACCCUACUUGGUACGUGUUUGUGAAAUCAUUUCCGUAUCCUCACAUUGUGAAAGAAAAGAAGUUUAAGAGGCAACACGAGGCGGAAAGAAAAGACGUGGAGCGGGCUUUUGGUGUUUUAAAGGCAAAAUGGCAUAUACUUUAUCGCCCGAUGCGUGCUACGAGUGUUAAAAAAAUUAGGAUGGUCGUAUAUGUGUGCAUUAUUAUGCAUAAUAUAAUUCUAAAAGACGACGGAAACGCGAUUGCACCGGUACAUAUUCGGGAUCCUCCAGUCGAGCCCGUUUUCGAAGACACUGCUUAUAACGAGCUCAUUGAUGAAGAUACGCAUUAUAGACUAAAAUAUGAUCUUGUGAAGCAUCUUGGAGAACAAGAUUUACCCCACCUUUUAGCGGAUUCCAACGACGAAUAG